AUGACGAUAAUAGCUAGGACACUACAGCAGACAAAAAGCUAUGUAGAUCCUAGGCAAAAGGAUUUAGAGUUUGCAGUGGGCGAUCAUGUACUCUUGAAGGUCUCUCCGAUGAAGGGAGUUAUGAGAUUUGGGAAGAAGGGCAAGCUCGCAUCCCGAUACAUAGGGCCUUUUGAGAGUACUGAUAGAGUUAGAGCAGAGGCCUAUCGGUUAGAGUUACCACCAAGCUUUUCUUACGUCUACCCAGUGUUCCACAUUUUCAUGCUUAAGAAGUACAUACCUGAUCCUUCUCAUGUGUUACAACCCUAUACAGUGGAGUUGAAGGAAAACUUAACCUUUGAGGAGCAACUAAUAGCCAUAGUGGACUUUCAGAUGAGGCAGUUAUGGUCAAAAUAG